AUCCCAAUACGAUCCAUCGAGACAUGACGUGCGAGGUAUCCUCUCUGCACGCUUCUUCUAUUCCUAUCCUAGAUCUUUCCUAUGCAGACGAUCCGUUGAAGAAACCCCUUCUCUUAAAGCAGCUUCACGAUGCACUUUUCAAUGUCGGCUUUCUUUAUAUUCAAAACCAUGGCGUUGCAGAAGACACAAUAGCGAGUCUGGUGUCAAGACUUCCACGGCUGUUUGACCAGCCCGACGAAGCGAAAGCUGCCUUGUCAAAGCUAAACUCUCCACAUUUCCUGGGCUACAGCGGCUUUGCGGAGGAAUCUACUCUAGGGAAGAAGGAUCUCCGAGAACAGUUCGAUCUCGCCACUGACCUUCCCGUAAUAUGGCGAGCGACUGUAGAACCAAAAACCUCAAACGAGAAGAGCAGUAGAGAUUUUACGAAGAAGUAUUGGCGUCUGCGUGGCCCCAAUCAGUGGCCUCGCGAAGACUUGAUACCGGGCUUUCGAGAAGCCUUCACAAACUACCACGAUGCUCUCCAAGCCCUGUCGUACCGCUUCGUCCAUCUUGUAGAGGAAGCGUUUGGGAUACCGCUUGGAACUUUCGACGACUUCUUCUUACCUAAGAGCAUUCAGCACUCCGCCGAGAAUGGGAAAUACAUGCCUCCGCAGCAUCGUAUCAAACUCAUCAAAUAUCCGCCUAGUACAGGGCAAUCUCGAGUCGGCCAGGAAGAAGGCCUAGAGGUUGUCAACGCCAAGGGAGACUGGGUUCCUGUUCCGCCUAUUGAGGGCACCUUUGUGGUGAACUUCGGGAAUGCUUUCGAAGCAGCAACGGAGGGAGCUGUCAAGGCUACUGUCCAUCGUGUGUCGUUUCAAUUUUAGGUCCCUACUUCGUCGUCAAAGCCAAGAUAUUCUAUUCCGUUUUUCCAGGGGCUCCCCCUCGAUCUGACUGUAUCAGAAGUACAGACGUAUAUUCCGGAGUCAGUUCGAAAACUGCGAAAGCAGUCAACUGAAGCGAGUAACAGCAAUACCGUCGCCAGCUUCCUUGAUCCUCGGUGGGAUAGUCUUGGGCAGUCUCAACUUCGAAAGUGGAUCCGCAGUCAUGAAGAUGUGGGCCGCAAGUGGUAUGGCGAUGAUGUGGUUGACUUUUACUUGAAAUGAGGCCAAAGAUGUAGAGGCUGUAUCAUUGCCCUCUAUCUCUUGGAAUACAUUGGCAAUCAGCAUGAAUUUGGCAAUAUUAAUAGCUCAAACAAGACACUAUACUUUAUAAAUUACGGCUUUAGUUUACCGCAGCCGAAUGAGACA